AUGUCUUCCUCCACCAGGCCCAAUUCUUCGACAUCAUCGAUAGCGCCCGCCGACAAUGCACAACUUGAGCCCCCGAUUAUCGACGACACCGAACCACUGCCCGAUGUGGUCCGAAAGCUGUACAACUUCAUAACCCUGGCCGUUGCGGAUGUGUCAUAUACUUUUGAGCAGCUGAGAUCUUCUUCCCAUGGUCAGCAUCUUAGACUUCUUAUCUACUCCCUGGCGGAGAACUCACAUAAUCCUUGCAUCAUUGCUGCGCUGAUGAUCCUGAAAUGGGAGUUUGAUAAUACCACUGAUGCCGACUGGGGACUUAAUGAAAGUCGCGGAUAUGCCUGCGAGUAUGUUGCCUGGCAGUUUCUAUGCCACCUCGAUCAACGGGAGACCAUUGAGUUUUUGCUGGAGGAGCUUAGGCUACCCCAGCACAGUAAUGCCUCCCUGGCCCAAGCAGAGCGAGGCGCCGCGGGAUUUGCGGAUUCCGCUGAAGACCAGAGCAGACGAAAUAGUGAAAGAAUGCCUCUACUAGAGGGCUCUUCAUCGUCUGUGUAUAACUUAUUCGGAGGCAGGAGUCGCGUAGGAAGCUCUUUUGCUUUGGACAAUCGAGGCUCUUGCAGCUCCUCUCAUGACGCACAAGAGCUGGAGAAGUUCUCCCUGUUCUUUGGUCUGAAUGCACUAGAGAUUGCCACCAUCGCGCAUGCAAAGAAGUUCCUCGGUCAGAAGGUUGUUCAGAGAGUCAUAGACAACAUAUGGAAAGGAGAGAUUGUAUUCUGGGACACCUUGAGCGUACAUUCGACCAAAAGGCCGCAUUUCCUUGACAAACGGACGGCAGAUCCGUACUCACGUCUCAGAGUACCGGUAUACCGGAAAGCGUUUGAAGCGGCUUUCUUCGUAUCUUUUCUUGUCCUGUACUACGCGGUUCUCGUCGAGAGGAAGUCGACGGGCAUCGGGCUCUUCGAAACACUGAUGUAUUUCUGGAUUGCCGCGUUUGCCUAUGAUGAGGUGAGUGGCAUGGCAGACGCGGGAAUGCUCUUCUACCAGAUGGACUUCUGGAAGAUGUGGAACAUGGGUAUCAUAGGCACCGGACUCGCCUUUGUCAUUGCAAGUGAGUCAUUCUGUAACAAGCGAAUCUGCCUUGUCAACGUUUCAGCUCUACUAUGCUCGCUGGUGAGCUUAAACUCUUACUUUGGGAGCCUGACCAAAGCGUUUUUCCGCUUCAUCCCGGUGGUGGUAGUGCUGUAUAUCGGGUUCUUGACGACAUUCACCAUGCUCGCGCGCGACCGCCUUUCUCUCAGGCAAAUGUCGUGGAUUUUGGUGAAGGUGUUCUUCGGGCUAAUUUUCGUUUCCAUGACAAAUCUUCUGUUGAUCUCGUCGUUGGUCAGUUUGAUGAGUAUGAGUCUAGAAGGGGUCAUGGCUCAUGCCCGAGAAGAGUAUCUUUUCCAGCUCUCCAUCUACGUGCUUGAAAGCAGCAACUCCCGUCGACUAACCUAUUUCAUGCCUCCCUUGAAUCUCAUCCCCCUUCUCUGUAUCCGUCCUCUGCGGCUCUUCCUGUCGGCCGAGCGCAUUCGUCGAGUGCGUAUCAUUCUACUCCGGGCCACCCACCUCCCCUUUGUCGCGUUGAUCUGGACCUAUGAAUCUAGCCGCCGCUACGUUGCCAGGAGAAGUAAUCACUUCCCCCCGACCGCGACGGCACGAGGUAGUAGCCGACCUACAUCCUCGAUCCAGAGCGGUUUCGCUCUCUCCACGCACCGCGCCCCGCUCUAUGCCUCCGCAACGGAGCGUUCUCUGGGCUCUGCGAAGCCUAGAGGGCGCACUAGUCCGGGCCAGCAUCCCGAAGCGCGCGGGCUAGGCCCGGGGCAGGCCGGGCGUGUUGACAUCGCGGAUAUGAUCGACGAGGUGGAACGGUUGCGGACCCAAGUGGAGCGAGUGGCAGCUACGGUGGCCGUCCACCACCGGCGCCAGUAA